AUGAACAAGGUUUCUCAAGAGUCUGGGAAGUCGCAUUUUCUCUAUGUGCAAGGUCUUGGCCAAAACGAUUGCUUAGAAAUUCCUAAUGCCCUAUCAAUUAAGGAUUUAUCUGUGGCGAGAAGUUGCAUUCCAACCAAAGGAGAUAUUAGCAAAUGGAGUCAUCUGAAUGACGUACAUAUUCCCGAAUUGAAAAAUCCAGAGGUGACUCUUCUUAUUGGCACUGACGUACCAGAAGCUCAUUGGAAGAUGGAAGAACGACGCGGACGUAAAAAGGAGCCUUAUGCUAUACGAACACCGCUUGGGUGGUCAGUUGCAGGUCCCAUGGGAACAACGUCAGAAAGUGAAUUCAGUGCGUUCUUUGUUCGUGAAGAGGAUGAAUUCCUCGGCCGAACGGCAGAGAAGAUGUUUGAGAUGGAUUUCAGUGAAAGUACGUAUGGGCAGAGCCUCGGCAUGUCUUUAGAAGACAAGAAAGCACUGUCAAUAAUGGAAGAGUCUCUCAAAGUUGUGGAUAGUCAUUAUCAGCUCGAUUUACCCUUUCGUGAUAAGCUGGGCUUUCCCAACAACAGAGGUUUAGCCGAAAGAAGAUUACAUUCGCUUAAGGCACGUUUAAAGAAAGAUGCAGAUCUUCACGAGAAAUAUAAGAAGGGAAUCAACAACAACGUCGACAAGGGCUAUGCUUCCAAGAUCCACGAAAGUGAAGGUAAUGAUAUUCAGGCGGAAGAAAGAAAUGUUUGGUACCUCCCCCAUCAUCCGGUCCUUCAUCCCCAGAAACCGCAGAAACCAAGGAUUGUGUUUGACUGUGCCGCUAAAUAUGAAGAUAUGUCACUGAAUGACCGGCUACUACAAGGUCCGGACCUGACAAACAAACUCAUCGGAGUUCUGUCUAGAUUUCGUCAAGAUCCAACUGCUUUUACAGCGGACAUAGAGGCGAUGUUUUGCCAGGUUAAGGUGUCCCCGAUACACCGUGAUUUCUCAAGUUCCUGUGGUGGAAAGAUGGAGAUUACAACCAACCGGUGGAAGUGUACCGUAUGUCAGUUCACCCAUUCGGAGCGACAUCUUCGCCAAGCUGUGCUGGGUUUUGUUUGCGUAAGACAGCCGAUGAAUUUGAAAGCGAAUUUGAUCCAGAGACGAUCGAAACAAUACGUCGAAACUUCUAUGUUGACGAUUGCCUUAAGUCGGUUUCAGAUACACAGAAGGCAAUUCGUUUGAUUCAGCAGCUCCGUGAUAUUCUGAUGAGACGUUCUUUCCGGUUAACGAAGUUUGUGAGGAACGACGUAGCGGUUUUGGCGUCAGUACCCGAAAGCGAACGUGCCGAGUCUGUUGUCAACCUCGACCUCGACGAACUCCCAGUCGAAAGAGCUAUUGGGGUACAAUGGAAUGUACAGGAAGAUGUCUUCAGUUUUCGUAUCGUCAGCAGGAAGAAGGCUCCGACCCGUAGAGGAAUCCUGUCAGAUGUCAGCUCGAUGUAUGACCCCCUGGGGUUUAAAUCGCCUUUCAUUCUACCCGCCAAACGCUUGUUGCAACGUUUGUGUAAAGACAAAGUAGGAUGGGACGAAGAGAUAUCCCCGAAUAUGUUGAAGACGUGGGAACGUUGGCUAGCUGACUUGCCUCAUUUGCAACGAAUAUCGGUUCCAAGAUAUUUCAAAUCUCACCAGUUGGACGAAGUCAAGAAUACACAAUUGCAUAAUUUCUCAGACGCAUCUACGGAAGGAUAUGGUGCCGUGUUCUACCUUCGUUUCGUUGAUGUGAAUGACAAGAUCCAUUGCUCAUUGGUGAUGGGAAAAUCCAGAGUAGCCCCAAUGAAGCCGACGACAAUACCAAGAUUGGAGUUAACUGCAGCGACAGUAGCCGUGAAGCAACAUUGUCAAAUUCGAGAAGAGCUCGACUUGCAAAUCGAUGCAACUAUAUUUUGGACAGAUUCUACCUGUGUUCUACAGUACAUAAACAACGAAUCUGGUCGGUUCAAGACUUUCGACGCCAGCCGAAUAGCCGCCAUCCACGACAAUUCAAGCCCAUCGCAGUGGAGAUAUGUGAACACUGAAGUAAAUCCUGCAGAUUAUGCUUCCAGAGGUUUCAGCGUCCCACCAACCAACACGAGAUAGAACAGUGGAUCAACGGACCGAAUUUCCUCCGUAAGACCGAAGAUACGUGGCCGAAUCGUCCCGAAGGAAUAAAUGUCCUACCUGAUGACAAACUCGAAUGGAAACGAGAGGUGGAAAUCUACGAAACACAAACGGAAGAAAUCAAGCCCCUCGACACCUUUAUUCAACAUUACUCUUGCUGGUAUCGCCUUCAAAAGGGAAUCGCGUGGCUAAAUCGUUUCAUCAAGUAUCUUCGUGUUCCUAAUUCCAACAGUGUUUCUUAUAAGAAUGACGGAACGCAAGCGGACAUAAGUACUCGUUCCCGUGACGAAGUCACUGGGGCCGGCGUAGGGCCUUUGACAGUCGAUGAUUUACAAAAUGCAAGGAAACAACUUAUUCGUUACGUACAACAGGAAGCCUUUCCCGAUGAAAUUACCCGUCUUAAACGCAGAUCGAGCGCUCAAUCUACCUCGAAAAUUGUCGUGAAGAAAUCCAGCAAAUUGGCAGCAUUAUCACCUUUCCUCGCAGACGACGGUCUAUUAAGAGUUGGAGGCCGAUUGGAUAGAGCAUCAAUAAGUUUUGACGCCAAGCAUCCCGCGAUCAUUCCAAGCAAGCACCACAUUGUAGAACUGUUGAUACGGCACUAUCAUGAGCAAGAAGGACACUCGGGCGUUCGUACUGUUUUAUCGGCUAUUCAGCGUGAAAUUUGGAUUCUCCAAGGGCGUUCCAGGAUUCGAUGGAUCAUUGGCAAAUGUGUUCAAUGCCGCAAGAAAUACGCGUCGCCCUGUGAACAGAUAAUGGCGCCUUUACCAGCAGCUCGUGUAACUGUUCCAGAUUAUCCAUUUGCGUCAACGGGAGUCGAUUACUUUGGUCCUUUGAUGGUGAAGAGAGGUCGAAGUCAAGUCAAGAGAUACGGAUGCAUCUUCACUUGUUUGGCCAUGCGGGCAGCUCACAUAGAUCGAAGUCGCACAUUCUCUCGAUGCAGAAUCGUUUCUCUGUGCAUUCAGUCGCUUCACAGCCCGUCGAGGGGUUCCGAAGGAAAUCUUUAGUGACAAUGGAACCAAUUUCAUUGGAGCGUCAAGAAUCUUGAAGGAAGAGUUCAAGAAUAUUCAGUCAGUGGAGUCUCAAGCCAAGAUCAACGAUCGUUUACGAAUGAAAGAAAUCACGUGGCAUUUCAACCCUCCCUUGGCAAGUCACACUGGUGGAGUGUGGGAGCGCAUGAUUCGAUCAAUCCGAAGAAUAUUAACUGCACUGACAAGCGAGCAGGUUAUUGAUGACGAAGCACUUCUCACGUUCUUAGUCGAAGUGGAGAGAAUUCUCAGCGAUCGCCCCCUGAAUCGUAACCAAGGUCAAGUAUGUGAUUUGGACCCACUAACUCCAAGCAAGUUGCUUCUCUUGAGAUCGAACUCGUGUCUUCCUACAGGCGUGUUCGUUGGUGAAGAUCGUUAUAGCAAGCGAUGGCGACAAGCUCAACUUCUAGCUAACACAUUUUGGAAACGAUGGUUGGGUGAAUACCUACCUAGUCUGCAGCAGCGCCAGAAGUGGCUGAAACCCAGAAGGAACUUAAAGGUCAAAGAUUUGGUGUUAAUGGUGGAUAAGAGAUGUUCACGAGGACAGUGGCCUAUGGCAGUGGUCGAGGAAGUUUUUGCAGAUAAGGACGGAAUGGUGCGUCAAGUUAUGAUUAGAUCGAAUGGCGGGAAAUUUAAGAGACAUGUCCGUGAACUGUGCCUAGUCGAAGAAGCGAAAGAAGUCGAUGAAUAG